UUAGUGGAGACAGUGAAAGAAGGCAUUUGGCUGAAAGGAUUAAUAGAGGAGUUUGGGUAUGAGCAGAAGAGCAUAAGUGUUUGGUGCGACUCUCAAAGUGCUCCGUGUCUUGCCAAGAACAACGUUCAUCAUGAAAGAACGAAACACAUCAGCAGGAAGUUGCAUUUUAUCAGAGAUAUAAUUGCAAAAGGAGAUGUGAAGGUGAUGAAGAUUCACAUGCUGAAGAACCCUGCUGAUAUGUUGACUAAAGGUUUGCCUGUGGAGAAAUUUGAGAAGGCUCUAAGCGUUCUUGGCUUAGCCAAGCACUGAGGUGCUAGCUAUAUGGUUUUGGGAGGUCAUACGUUUGCAGUAUUAAGGAGUUUAGCACAACUGAUUAUCAUCAAGGUGGGGUUUGUAGAGCUUUGGUGAUGGAUAAGUUAGUUGGUUAAGCUUAAACCAAGACUGGUAUGUCAAUUGAACAGCUAGAUUGAAGACGGGUUGGUCCGGUUCAGUUAAGUGGAUAAGCUCAAGGUUUACGGUUAGUUUAAGUCGACUUAAUACUUGUAAUUAGCUCUGAUAUGUAAAGAGCGUAUGUGGUUAAUCCCCUCUCUCUUGUGAGCGAUCUUGUGCGAUCAAGAGAGGGAUUCUUCGAUGAUACACUGAAAGAAAGGUAGUGAAUUAGCUGAUUCCAUUCAGCUUGAGACGUAGGGUUGUUACUCCAUUGGAGGGCCUGAACUCGUUAAACGCUUGUGUUCUUCCUUUGUGUUUUUUGCUUUCUUUUGAGUGUGUGAGUUCUAGAUCGAGAGUUGGGAGUUGAGUGAGAAGAUCCUAACAAGAUAGAUGAACUGGAUUACAGAAAAAUCAUAUGGAAUAGAUUUGAAAUUAAAGAAAGCUACACCGAAAAAUCCGAUUUAUAAUCGGAAACCUUAUUAAUUCCAACCUAGAAUCAGAGAAUACAAAAAUAUAAAAAUCUGCUUUUAUUUUCAUUGAAAAACACGCCAGAAAAAAUAACCAAAACGAAGUAAAGAUUCAACAAGCAUAAAAAAAUCGAUCUUUAGAUCAAAAAUAUUUUACAACAAAACCGGCUUGGGCGGACAUAGAAUCUAGAUGAUAAAUCCAAAAAAUUCAUCUCUCCCUCGCGAAAUAGAACAUCUGUAACUAACAUAACUUGGUAUGUAAUCACACAAAAUUUUAUUCUUAUGGUAUUAUGAUAUUUUUUUACAACAAUGCUAUUAUUCACUCUGAAUUGAUUUCUGUGCAUGGUAUGUUUUGACCAAUGACGUUGUGCAAUUAUUAAAUUGUGAUCCAUCCAAAUAUUUGACCAUUACAAUAAUAUAGUCUUUGAUUCAAUUCAUUUCAACUGUUAGAUUUUUCCUAAAAUAAGACAAAGACAAAUAAAACAAGAAAUAAAAUAAAAAUCUACAUUCUUUUAAUUUCUCAUUUAGAGUGCCUUGAUUGAAUCACUGAAUGAAACAAGUAAACAACAAUGGCAGAAAGCAUUCACAAAGAUCAAAAGCCAGUAUUCUUUGACAAAUCCAUUUCUUCUACUUCACGAUGCUCGUUUAUGGCGAUUGUCAUCUUCUUGAUCUUCCUCUCAUAUUUCUUAUACUCCUUCAGUUUCAUCUCCUUUUUAAAGUCUCCUUCUGAAGUCUCCAACUCUCUCCUUGUACCUGUGAUGCAAGUGCAACUCGGAUCAGGUCAAAACCACACCGAGGUCAAAACAGAGCUUAAGCACAUAGUUUUCGGAAUCGCCGCGUCCUCCAACCUUUGGAAGCAUCGGAGAGAAUACGUGAAAACGUGGUGGAAACCUAACGGUGAGAUGAAGGGCGCUGUCUGGCUCGACAAACCUGCAGUAAACGACAGCCUUUCCUCCGCCUUGCCUGAGAUCAGAAUCUCCUCAGACACGUCGAGUUUCAAGUACCGUUACCGUCGCGGUCACCGAUCAGCGAUCAGGAUCACAAGAAUCGUAUCGGAUACGGUGAGGAUGUUAAAGGGAACUGAAUCUGAGAGAAACGUGAGGUGGAUUGUGAUGGGCGACGACGACACUGUGUUUUUCCCGGAGAAUCUUGUUAGGGUUUUGAGGAAGUACGAUCACAAACAGUUCUAUUACAUCGGAGCUCCUUCUGAGAGCCAUUUGCAGAAUUUGCAGCAGUUUUCGUACGGCAUGGCAUAUGGAGGAGGUGGUUUUGCUAUAAGUUAUCCCUUGGCCAAGGCUUUGGAGAAGAUGCAAGAUCGGUGUAUCGAGAGCUACUCUGAUCUGUACGGAUCCGAUGACCGGAUUCAUGCUUGUAUGGCGGAGCUCGGUGUUCCUCUCACCAGAGAGGUUGGGUUUCAUCAGUUUGAUGUAUAUGGGAACCUCUUGGGUCUUUUAUCGGUCCACCCACAAGCACCGAUAGUCUCUAUCCAUCACUUAGACGUAGUCGAGCCUAUAUUUCCGAAAAUGGACCGAGUGAAGGGCGUAGAGAGACUCAUGAUCUCAGCGAAGCUCGACUCAGCUAGCCUCGUCCAACAAUCCAUAUGCUACGACAGAACUCACCAGUGGACAAUGUCUAUCUCGUGGGGAUACACUGUCCAGAUCACACGUACAUACAUGCCAGCAAGGAUGAUGGAAGUGCCCACUCGCACUUUCAGUGACUGGCACAAACGUCAUGAUUUCAACAAUCUUGCUUUCAACACACGCCCUAUAACCUACACUGAUUGCCAGCGUCCACGAGUCUUUUACAUGUCUCGCACUCUUGGUGAUUCUUCUUCAAGCACAACAAUUACCGAGUAUCUUAGGCACAAUGAAUUGAAUCCUAAAUGUGAGUGGGGGAUACCAGAUCCUUCUGAUAUCAAUCGGAUCUUUGUCCACAAAGAGUCUAACCCAUAUAGGUGGAAUAAGGCACCAAGGAGAGAUUGUUGUCGAUUAUUGCCAGCGACGAAGAAGGGAACUAUGAUGAUCAAAGUCGCACCUUGUGAAAAUGACGAAAUUGCUGCUUAUUCUGAUAAAUAGUUUUCUUUUUGGUUUAUUUCACAUGGAAAACUUGUUUUUUUUUUUAAAUACUUAUAUAUUAAUUCAACCCAUAUAAACAGGGAUUUCAGAUCCGGUUACAAGCUGAUUUUGUACAAAAUUUCCAAAGUUAAACAAUUACAAUAACUAGCUUCACCCACUAAACCCGGCACGUUCCGUUUAUAUGUCUUCGUAAUUCUUCAAAAUU